AAGGAAAGAAUCGGUGGGAGUCGAAAUCGGGAGAGCUGGAGCCCGUACAGGAAUCCCAGUCCUUGAAGGCUACUCCCGCCGCCGCUGCCGGAAACGGACAGAUCCGGUACAGAUCCCCCUCGUCCGCCGAAUUGCUAGAGGGUCAGUCCACAUCUCCAACCGAUCAUCAACAAGAGGCUCUGGAAUUCGAGAAAAUGCUAAAGCGGCCAGGCCUCCGCCACGAGUCCUUGUCGGACAAGAUCUACCGCUUCCGAGGGGUAUUGCUCAUAGUAUCUGUGCCGCUCCUCCUCAUCACCUUCGUCCUCUUCCUGAUGCCUGCCACUUCUCCCUCCCAGUCCCUCAGCAUCCGCAAGGUACCCUCCGAUCUCAGAUCCCCAAAGUCCUACGCCGUUAUCUUCGACGCCGGUAGCUCCGGCAGCCGUGUACACGUCUUCUGCUUUGAUCAUCGUCUCGAUCUCCUUCCCAUCGGCAAAGAUCUAGAGCUCUUCGUGCAGAUAAAGCCGGGUUUGAGUGCGUUUGCCAAUGACCCGCGGGAGGCUGCCAAUUCUCUGGUUACACUAUUGGAUCAAGCCCAAAAUGUCGUUCCCAAAGAUUUGCGUCCCAAGACGCCUGUUCGUGUUGGGGCAACUGCAGGCUUAAGGGCCUUGGGUGGCGAUGCCUCCGAUCGAAUCUUGCAAGCGGUUAGAGAUCUUCUGAAACAUAGAAGCACUCUGAAAUCUGAGCCCAAUGGAGUUGCUGUUAUCGAUGGAACGCAAGAAGGCUCUUUUCAGUGGGUCACAAUAAACUAUCUACUAGGGAAUUUGGGGAAGAAAUACUCAAAUACAGUUGGAGUAGUUGACCUUGGAGGUGGAUCUGUUCAAAUGGCAUAUGCUAUCUCGGAGACAGAUGUGGCAAAUGCACCAAGGAUAUCAGAUGGAGAGGAUUCAUAUGUAAAGGAAAUGUAUCUUAUGGGAACAAAAUAUUUCCUCUAUGUUCACAGUUACUUGCAUUAUGGCUUACUAGCCGCACGGGCAGAGAUUUUGAAGGUUUCUGAAGGCUCUAGCAACCCUUGCAUCUUAGUUGGCUAUCAUGGGAUUUACAAAUAUGGAGGAGAGAAGUAUAAAGUGGCAGCUUCCCCAUCUGGCUCAAACAUGGAUGAGUGCAGGAGGGUAGCUUCUAAUGCUCUCAAAGCUAAUGAAUCAACAUGCACACACAUGAAAUGCACAUUUGGUGGGGUAUGGAAUGGUGGUGGUGGGGAUGGACAGAAGAAUCUCUUUGUUGCUUCAUUUUUCUUUGACAGGGCUGCUGAGGCUGGUUUUGCUGAUCCAAAUGUUCCUGUUGUCAAAGUUCAUCCUGCGGAGUUUGAGGAGGCAGCUAAGCGUGCUUGCGAGACAAAACUUGCAGAUGCCAAGACCAUAUAUCGUCGUGUUGAGGAGGAUAACCUGCCAUUUUUAUGCAUGGAUCUUAUGUACCAGUAUACAUUGCUUGUAGAGGGAUUUGGUCUAGAUCCCUGGCAAGAGAUUACAUUGGUGAAGAAAGUUAAAUAUGGUAAUUCCCUAGUUGAAGCAGCUUGGCCACUAGGCAGUGCCAUUGAGGCUGUGUCGUCAAUAACAUAACUGCAGAUGACAUCAUUAGCUAAUUCAGCUAUUGGAGGUGUGUGGUAUUUUUGGCUUUAGAGGUUUCAAGCUUAAGUAUCCACAGAUAAUGAUGCUCUAAAAGUCUAUCAGGUUGGACUGGAUAUUGGAUUUUGGUCUACAUUUUGGGAAUAAAGGGGAGAGUAUGAUUCUUUUAUCUUGAUUUGUAAUUAUUAUUUUGCGGGAGUAUUCUGAUUUAUAGCUUCUGAGAGAAUGAUUUGAUUCAAUUAGUUCAUUUAGUUCGCCUAGGUGGACUUACAAAAUGGUCAUACCAAUUCAUUUGUGUCUCGUCCCUUCUAACUUGAAGUUCAAAUUUACUUCUACUUAUUUUAUCUCUUUCUCAUUGGUUUAUUCUACUUGAUUGAUCUUUUUCUCA